AUAAACCCACUCCCAGGGGAGUUGGUAACUGCCACGUAACCCACCCACUCAGCCACUUAGUGGGUUGUUUGAAAUGCCCAUUAACAUUUUGAGCUGCUCCACUUCUGCCGGCCCACCCAUUGCCAUCUUCUUUUUCCUUCUUGAAUAUACCAAUCUGAUUGGAGGCUUAUCAUUGGUCCUGGAUGAAGAUGAAGAUUGCGAACCUAAUUUGUGGAGAACGAAGAUGAAGAUGUCUUGGUCGACUUUGAUCGUGGAUGAAGAUGAAAUGCUUUGUCGAGAUUUACUGCCUUAGAUGGAUGCGAUGAAGUUGGGAGUAUACAUACCCACUGCCAUAUGCUCACAGUUGAAGACUCGAGAAGAUGAUCCUCAUUACUGAUGUUAUCU